GAAGCCAUCCUAGAUUCUUGCCCCACCUUAAAUUCUCUUCCCUUUGCUCCCCUUCGAACCUUUCCUGCUCCCCUCUCUGUUACUUAUAAGGCUACGCUUUUCCAAUUCUCCAGAUCCGAAUCCAUUUUCCUUUUUAACCUAAUUUUCCGAUUCAAAUUCUCAGCUAUUUAAUUAAAAUAAUAAAUUUUGUUUCCGAAGAUCAUAAUUUGGGAUUCUGUGUUUUUGAAUUCAAAUUCAUUGCGCUUUUAUUUUGUUUCGAACUCUGGGUGGAGAGAAUCAUACAGUUUUGGUAGUUGGUGAUUUGUAUUUAUUUAAGGGAAGAAACCCUAGGGUGAGAUGAUGGAAGAAUGUAAUCGAGUUGAAGAUGUAGAGGAAGGUGAGAUCUCAGAUUCGGCUUCAGUUGAAGAAAUCAGUGAGGAUGCCUUCAAUAGGCAAGACCCAGUAACACCUACUACUAAGGUUGUCACUUCCUCCAACUUGCCCAAUAAUCAAAAUCAAAAUCAAAAUCAAAAUCAGAACUCGACUAGGGUUUGGACGAUGAGAGAUGUAUAUAAGUAUCCAAUAUCGAGGGAUUACGCUAGGGGUUUGUAUAACUUGGCUUGGGCACAGGCUGUGCAGAAUAAGCCUUUAGACGAACUAUUUGUCAUGACUACUGACGACUCCAACUCCAAUUCAAAGCAAUCUGGUGAUGUGGAGAUGGAGCCUAAGGUCAUCAUUGAUGUGGAUGACGAUGCUGCUAAGGAGGAAGGGGAAUUGGAGGAAGGCGAGAUCGACUUGGAUGCCGACCUAGUUGUAAAUAAUGAUGAUGACUUUAAAACUUCAAAUAUUAGGGAACAACUUCAGAGUGUUACUCUAGCUGAAACCGACAAAUCCUUUGCUGUGGUUUGUUCCAAAUUGCAAAGCUCAUUAGACAGCUUGGGGGAACUAGCUAUUUCUGUGCCAGGAAAAGACGGUCUGAUUCAACUGCUUAUGACUGCACUCCAAACCAUAAAUUCUGUUUUCUGCUCCAUGAACCACAACCAGAAGGAAGAAAACAGAGAUAUUCUAUCUAGGUUGCUUAUUCAUGCUAAAAGCCAAAUACCUGCUCUUCUGUCUUCUGAGCAGUUAAAAGAGAUGGAUGCCGUCAUUCUCUCCAUAAACCAGUCAGCUGUUUCCGCAAAUACUGAAGACCAGGACAAUGGGAUCAAAGUUGUUCAACUGUUAGAUAUGAAUGUUCCUCAUAAAUCUUCUGAAAAAGCAAAUCAGGAUUUUACUUCUGUAGACAAGUAUGAUUCAGGUUUUGUAUCUACCAAAUCUUCAGACCUGAAGGAGCAGAGUGUGUCAUUUGAAUCUUUAAAACCAGGAUUAGCCAAUUCUAAAGCUAGAGGGUUAUCUAUUCCUUUGCUGGACCUCCAUAAGGAACAUGAUGAAGAUACACUUCCAUCACCUACACGAGAAAUUGGACCACAAUUCCCUGUUGCAAAAGCAUCUAUGCAGGCAGACGGAACGAUGAAACCGGAGUUGCCCACUUUUGCAGGUGCUCUUGAGAAAGGGAAUCCUUUAUUGCAUCCUUAUGAAACAGAUGCCCUUAAAGCUGUUUCCUCCUAUCAACAGAAAUUUGGUCGAAGUUCCCUUUUUGUUAGUGAAAAGCUUCCAAGUCCAACCCCAUCUGAAGAGGGAGAUAGUGGCGAAGGGGACAUUGGUGGGGAGAUCUCCAGUUCUAAUGUUGUACAUCAUGCCAGCCUUCUGAAUUCAUCGAGCACGGGGCAGCCAAUAAUGUCUUCUGUUUCCCAGACCAAUAUUCUUGCUGGAACUGCUCAGACUGCAGAUCUUCUGAGUUUUCUGCCAAAUCCUUCUUUGCGAUCUUCUACAACAAAAAGUAGAGAUCCCAGACUCAGAUUGGCAACCAGCGAUGCAGCUGCUCAUAACACAAAUAAAAAUAUUUUGCCUAUCCCAAACAUUGAUUUGAAAUUAGAGGCUUCUUUAGAGAUGAUAGGUUCAAGAAAGCAGAAGACAGUAGAGCUACCAGUCUUUGAUGCUCCAUUGUUGAAAAGACAAAGAAGUGAGCAGACUGAUUCAAUUAUUGUGAGUGAUGUGCGGCCUUUGACUGGAAAUGGUGGUUGGUUAGAGGAUAGAGGGAGUGCUGGGUUGCCAAUUACGAGUAGUAACUGUGUUACAGAUAGCUGCGAUAAUGACAUUAGGAAAUUGGAGCAAGUAACAACUAGUGUCGCUACUAUACCUAGUGUCAUAGUUAAUGCUGAUGAGAACUUGCCAAUAACCGGCAUGAGCACUUCAGCAACUUUGCAUUCUUUAUUAAAAGAUAUAGCUAUAAAUCCAUCAACAUGGAUGAAUAUAAUCAAGAUGGAACAGAAGAAAUCUGCUGAUGCUUCUAGAACUACAGCGCAAGCUUCAAGUUCUAGCUCUAUUCUUGGAGCAGUUCCAUCAACGGAUGUAGUUGCUCUCACAACUUCUGUUAUUGGGCAGAGAUCAGUUGGAGUGCUUCAGACUCCCACACAGACAGCAGCUGCGGAUGAUGUGGCUAUAGUCCGCAUGAAACCUCGUGACCCUCGGCGUGUUCUUCAUAAUACUGCAGUUCUAAAGGGUGGUAAUGUUGGAUCAGAUCAAUGUAGAACCAGUGUAGCAGGCACACAGGAAAUGGCAAGCAAUCUUUGUGUCCAAAGGCAUGAGGACCAGUUGGAUAGCAAGUCAGCUGUGACACUUUCAACUUCACCACCAGACAUUGCUCGCCAAUUCACCAAAAAUUUGAAAAAUAUUGCUGACAUGAUCUCUGUUUCACCAUCCACGUCGCCAUCUGCUGCUUCUUCUCGAACUCCGAAACAACACUUGCAAGUUUAUCAGAGUAGAUUGGAAGGGAAGGGCGCAAUUUCUGAGUCAAGUGAACGGCUGAAUGAUGCUGUCUUAGCUUCUGAAAAAGGUUCUCCUGGUUCAUUGCAACCACAGAGCUCUUGGGGGGAUGUUGAGCAUCUAUUUGACGGGUACAGCGACCAGCAGAGAGCUGAUAUCCAGAGAGAAAGGACUAGGAGGCUUGAGGAACAGAAAAAAAUGUUUGCUGUUCGGAAGCUCUGUCUCGUCUUAGACUUGGACCAUACUCUUCUCAAUUCAGCAAAGUUUGUUGAAAUCGACCCAGUCCAUGAAGAGAUAUUGAGGAAGAAAGAGGAACAAGACCGUGAAAAGCCGUGUAGGCACCUCUUUCGGUUUCCGCACAUGGGAAUGUGGACCAAGUUACGCCCUGGGAUCUGGAAUUUCUUGGAAAAGGCUAGCAAUCUUUUUGAGCUGCAUCUCUAUACAAUGGGGAACAAGCUAUAUGCCACAGAGAUGGCAAAAUUGCUAGAUCCAAAAGGGGAUCUAUUUGCUGGACGAGUGAUCUCCAGGGGUGACGAUGGAGAUCCAUUUGAUGGGGAUGAAAGGGUUCCUAAGAGUAAGGACUUGGAGGGGGUUUUGGGCAUGGAGUCGGCUGUUGUGAUUAUAGAUGAUUCUGUGAGAGUCUGGCCACAUAACAAGCUAAAUUUGAUUGUUGUGGAGAGGUAUAUUUACUUCCCUUGUAGUAGACGACAAUUUGGUCUUCCUGGUCCUUCUCUUCUUGAGAUUGAUCAUGAUGAAAGACCAGAACAGGGGACAUUGGCCUCUUGUUUAGGGGUUAUUCAAAGAAUACAUCAGAAUUUUUUCGCACAUCGGUCUAUAGAUGAAGCUGAUGUUAGGAACAUCUUAGCCACAGAACAACAGAAGAUUCUGGCAGGUUGCCGUAUUGUCUUCAGCAGAGUAUUUCCUGUUGGUGAAGCCAAUCCUCAUUUGCAUCCUUUGUGGCAGACAGCUGAACAGUUUGGUGCUGUCUGCACUAGUCAAAUUGAUGAGCAGGUUACCCACGUGGUUGCCAAUUCUCUUGGGACAGAUAAGGUUAAUUGGGCACUUUCUACCGGGCGAUUUGUUGUUCAUCCUGGCUGGGUGGAGGCAUCAGCUUUACUUUAUCGGAGGGCGAAUGAACAUGAUUUUGCUAUUAAACCUUAAAAUUAACACAAUUUCCAUCUCUUGGUUAAAAGAAAAAAACAAAAAAGGUCCGAGGAUGAAAUCAAGAAUUGGAUGGAUGUUUGAAACGGAAACGUUAGCUAAUCAGGCAAGAGAGAAUCGUUUGAGGAUAAGCCUAAGCAUGAUUCUCAAGGAAUCCACCCAAAUCCCUUGCUGGCUUAACCAGUUUCUGCGUCCUCGCUUGGGAUAUUCCAAAGUCCUAAGCAAUAUGGGCUGAAGCUUUAUUUAUGAGAAUUCAGUAGCCCGUAUUCUGUUCACAUAGGUAACAAAGCUGAUGAUGAGGAAAAGAAGGUAUGAAGGACUUAUGUAGUUGUCCCGUUGGAUACAUCCGAUAAAAGUGGAACAAUACAAUAGUUUUCAGAAUCUGGUUUUUUCGGUGGAAUUGGUAGCUGGCAUCCGAUUAAUGGUGGCAAACAACCAAUUAUUGAAUCGACUAAUGAAAACUCUUGGUUGAUUAACACACUAACUAGAGCCCUCAAAUAAGGAAUCACAACGAUGCAAUUUGUCUCGAAGCUGAAAUGGAUUUUAAACUUGCGCUGAUUAGUGACAAUCUCGAAGCUCUAUGCUUUUAGCGGCUGAUCUUCUAGGCGGGUUUUUUUCUUUUUAAAAGAAUUUUUAAAGGACAUUGAGUAGGACUUUUUCCAGGUACUGUUGGAGUUAUUGGUGGCUCAUUGAUACUCAAGUUAAACGACGAUAAAUAAAUUGGCACGUUUAUAUAUUCAGCUAAUAGGUUUAGGAAACUUAUUAACAUAUGAUUGUUGUAUUGAAUCAUAUUUAUGGGUUAUAUGUGGUGAUCGGUGUUUUAGGCUCGCCUCGGGGCUCAUGGGGCGGACCACUUAUAAAAUGUCACGAGGCGGACCACUUAUAAAAUGUCACGAGGCUUGCGUGUGGA